AUGAAAUGGUGGUCUACUCUAUCAUCUUCCAUACCACACUCAAACGGAUAUGAAAAUGUUGAAAAUAAAGACAAAGGAGAGUUCCGAAUUGAGCUGAAACAAUGCUCAAUAUUCGGAGAAGACGGAGCAAAGCCUCGCAAUGGGGUACAGAACAACUUCUUUAAGCAGCUUGAAAAAGGAAUCAGUGUAGAUGAAGAGGUGUCACAGUAUCUGACACACGAUCUGAAAAAGCAGGAGAGCUCUGCUCGUAUCAAUUACAGCAGGGUCACUGCAAGUAAGAGAUGUCGGGAUGUGCUGAACUUCUUCCUACUCAGCACCUUCAAGGAAGGAUUAAAAUACGUCAUCCUGUGCAAUGUGGUAGUGUUUAUAAGCCUGAUGGUGAAGCAGAGAGAAGCAGCCUGUCUUGGUAUUGUGAUCCUCCUGGCUCUGGUUACAACAGCUAUCCUUACUAUCACCCACUUUAAAGUCUACCACAAGCACCAGGUGACUAUAACAGUGGUGUAUGCGUGUGUGCUGUGUGUUGCCUCCCUCUCACAGUUCGCCGUAAGGAGAAGUUACACUGAACCAACUCUCUACGCUUCUUGCACCACGGUGUUAGUAUUACUGUACACAGUCCUGCCGUUGCCCAGUACCGCUACAGUGGUUAUAGCUGUUUCCUACACCAUCUUAUUCGAGCUGUGUUACAUGUUAGUGCCAAGUGAGCGUGAGAUUAAAUCAGACGAUAUGAGUACAAUUAUUACGAGGAUUAUUCUGCAAGUCCUGUCACACACACUUGGGCUCUAUAUCACGCAGCAAUACCAGGUCAGUCUGUGUUACAUGUUAGUGCCAAGUGAGCGUGAGAUUAAAUCAGACGAUAUGAGUACAAUUAUUACGAGGAUUAUUCUGCAAGUCCUGUCACACACACUUGGGCUCUAUAUCACGCAGCAAUACCAGGCUCACAGCGAGUGUCUGAUAUACAAUAUAACAAAGUUGGCGAUGGCAAAAGAGAAACUGCGAAGAGAAAGAAAACUGAAAGAGCGAAUAAUAUACUCCGUAAUGCCGAGCAGUAUUGGGAGCAAACUUGUUAAGAUGGAACAGACCCAGUCUCAAUUUCAAGAAGUACCAUUCCGCCCGAUGGUGAUGCACUACCUGAACAACGUGAGCAUUCUAUUUGCUGAUAUAGUGGGGUUUACCAAGAUGAGUAGCACACGCAGUGCUAUUGAGAUAGUAUCUAUGCUGAAUACUAUCUGUGAUAGUUUCGACAGAUUGACAACAGAGGCUGGCUGCACUAAGAUAUCCACACUUGGUGACUGUUAUUAUUGUGUGGCUGGAUGUCCCGAGAAAAUGAGAAACCACGCUCCAGCAAUUGUAGGAUUAAGUCUGAAGAUGUUAGGCUCAAUAGAGGAUGUAAACAGCGAGACUAAUCUAGACGUAUCAAUAAGAGUGGGGAUACACACAGGAUCUGUACUGUGCGGUGUGGUGGGCAUUAAGAGAUUCAGGUUCGAUGUUUGGUCACAUGACGUGCUAAAAGCUAACGAGAUGGAAUCUUGUGGACUACCCGGCAAAGUACACAUCAGUGAUGCCACUUAUCAGCUGAUUAAGGACAAGUUUGUUGUGACUGAUGGACUGGCGUACACAAGGUGUCCCAAUAUGGAAGGAGUAAGAACUUACUUCGUCAUAGGAACACAGGACGCUCUUAAUUCCAAGGUUAACCCCACGUCUCGCAAAGGAAAGUCUCGGAGUGCUUUUAAACUCCGGUUUUACUCUAGCAGCGAAGGACACAGCAGUCUCAAAUCCUUCGACGAGCAUUUCUCUCGCCUCAAAUCCUUCUCUUCCCUAAGAAAGGGGCCUCCCGCACCACAAACCUACAAGCGCUCUAAAAGCGAGGUUAUUCCUUUAUCUCUAUAUGGAAAGAGUUUGAGUCUUAUCCGACCUCGGAUUAAAAGUUUGGUCAGCCGGCCAGAAAUUCAGAAAAUAACGGAAAUACCCGACAUUCCUGUAAAGGAGGAACCAAAAGCGGACAUAGCGGAGACAGAGCACAUGAAAGAGGAGGGCAUGGCCCUUGUUGGGGAGCAAGUGACGUCAUACGAUCUCAAGUCCCCGGACGACAAACAGGAAACACUACAAUCUAAGAGCUCCUUCCAAAAGGGGAGGACUAGCUUCAGUGAGGCUAUUUGUACUGACAGAAAGGUAACGGACACAGAGGUAAUGUCCCAAAUAGAACACACUAAGUCGCGCAGUGCGUUCAGUGCGCGCGACAACCUCAGCGUGCUGACUCUCCAGUUCCAUGACAACAAGAAGGAAGCGCUCUACAGACAGGCUACCGUGUUGAAGUGCACUGAAGGGAAUCCGGAGGGGGCUAACAAGACUCCAGGGAUGGGCUUCAUAACGGACGUGCUCAUUUCACUGAUGUGUAUAACAUGCUGUGGGGCUGUUAUACUCCUGUCUUUACCACUCAAUAAGAUAUGGUUGGCAGGGUUCAUCUCCUCACUUGUUCUGGAAUGUCUCCUUCUCUUAUCCCUCCUCGUAUACCUCAAAAAGUUACGGAAAAUAUCCUGCACUACUCGUCCCAGCGUACCUUGGAUUCCAAGGAAUAUCAUCAGCGCAGGUCUGUUAUUGCUCCCUUUCUUGGUGAUCUCUCUCCGUGUAGUGGUAUCCUCUAAUUUAGACUGUGGAGAUGUUGAUAUUCUGAUUUGUCUUUAUCUGGCAGCCCUUUUCCAUGGCAUCAACUUCUUACAGAUUCUAGGUCUGAUGAAGAUAGCGUUACUGCUGGCAGUAGCAGCCUGCCUUUCUGCUGUUGUCUGUAUUUCACAACCCUUUAUAUCUUGCUACAAUACUAAACAAUCAAAAGAAGAAGUUAGCGGGUACCAGAUAUGGGAUAUCCCGAUAUCAUUGUUUCUCUUCUUAAAGCUGGUCUGUAUGGUCAUCCGAACAUUCGAACUGCGAAUAAGGCUCAACUUCAGCUCGAGUAUUGACGCUGAGCGAGAUCAGGAGCUGCACAGGAAGCUACGAGACCAGGCUUACUGGCUCCUGGAGAAUUUGAUACCCAGUCACGUGCUAAUAGAACUUAAAAACAGUGGUUCGUAUCACCGAGACCACCAAAGUGUAGCUGUGUGUUUUGCUAGCGUCGUUAACUUUCAGGACUUCUUUGACGCUAAAUGGAAACAUGGUCACGAGAGUAUUAGAAUCUUAAACGAGCUGAUAUCCGAUAUAGACGAGCUCCUUAAUAUUGACAAGUAUAACAAGCACAUUGAGAAGAUUAAAACUGCUCUAGGGUGCACCUACAUGGCGGCUAGCGGACUCGUACAAGAUGAUCCUAACCAUAUAUUCGUCAUGAUGGAUUUCCUCUUCGAUAUUAAAAAGGUGCUGGAUCAGUUCAACAGGAAUACUAUGGGCUUCGAGUUCCAGAUGAAGUACGGGUGUCACGUGGGACCAGUGGCUUCAGGGGUCAUUGGUCAAAGCGCUCCAAUGUUUGAUAUUUGGGGAGACACUGUUAACAUUGCUUCUCGUAUGAUGACUACUGGGAUCGUUGGUAAAAUUCAGGUUUUGAAAGAAACGGUAGACGUUAUUGAGUCACGAUACGCGGUUGAGAAGCGGGGGAUAGUCUUCGUAAAGGGCAAGGGUGAAAUAGAGACAUUCUUUGUUACUAACCCUAAACUUUAGCUUGAUAUGUGACGUCACUACACGUGAUGUGUGACGUCACUACAUUCUUUGUUACUAACCCUAAACUUAAGCACUUUUUUAAGAAGUCCCCACUUUUCCUACAUUUUACAUCUUUUUAGAAGUUCUCUAAAUUGAUUAAUUGAAUUGAAAAUUAAAUGGGCAUUUUUAGUCGUGCCACAACAUUGAACUGAGCGUGUUAAUAUAUAUAUAUAUCACUCUACACUCGAACUUCGAAAUUUUCUAAAAGUUCAUAUUGAAACUGACUUUGUUACGCUGACAUGGGGUUAAAAUCAGCGAAAUACUGUUUCGAUCACGUGACAUGACCAUAGAAGUUAUGAGGAGGUUUGUCUAAUUUCUCAUUAGGGUUAUAGGGUUUAGGCAUAGCUUCAGUUAGGGAUUGGGUCGUUAUGGUUAGAGUUGGGUUUAGGGUUUUGAAUAGCUCCUCAGGGGCCCUCUACAGAACGAGUAUUUGUCACGUGAUAGUCGAGUGCAGAGUAAUAUGAUUUAAUCAUCAGGCAAAUUCAAUAUUAUUUGAGUAAAUGAGAAUUUUGUUAUAUUAUAUUGGAUC